AUGGCAAAAACCAUGGACGAACCUGGAAUGGAAGAGGCCACAGAAACACGGAAAAAAGAGGACUCAGUGGGAGAAUCAGAGAUGAUCAAACGGGAGGUGGAAGACGAGGACGCAAUGCGGCCUAAUCGGAGCGCGAAUGAUGCUGUUCACGAAGAACAAAAUACAAAAUCUGAAAUUACACGCUGUGUCUGUGGUUUUCAAGACAUCGACGACGAUGCUGAUGGAAGUGGACUAUUUAUUCAGUGUGAACAAUGUGAAGUUUGGCAACACGGACACUGUGUUGGUUUUGAGGGAGAAUCCGACAUACCUGAAGUAUACUACUGUGAACUCUGUCGUCCCGACCUUCAUCAGAUCACGCAGCGUGGACGUGGACCGAAACAGUCGCGAUACAAGGGAGAUAAUAAAGGAGAAGCUAUUCCCGACCCCUGGUCUAAAACUUCCAAGACUCCCACAAAACAACGGCUCACUAUGAACUCUCGAGAUGCCGAAUUGGACUAUGAACAGUACGGUAGUCUCUUAAUGCAGCAACCUCGCCGCCAGAAACGUGCUUCAUCUGCUACUUCAUCCAAUUCGGCAUCUGCAACCGAACAAAAGUCAAGCGUACCCACCAAAAGAGAGGACUCUGAGUCCACUUCUCCAACACUAGCGAAAUCCAGUGCCUAUGGCGCUAGCAUGGAUGUGGACAACAUAGAAGGCGAAACGUAUGCGCCAGCUCCAGACUCGAAACAAUCCUCCGCAGAACCGCCAGCGAGGUCGGCUGCUAAUUCGGCAACAGCUACGACUGCAACAACUGCGUCAACAACCACAGCUUCUACUCGAAGACGAGGACGUCGGUCCAAACGUGAUGCCUCAGCGUCUACACAAAAUGGUGCUGACAAUGGUUCAAUGUCAGCCCAAGAAAACCAAAUCGCCAAUGUCCUGAACACAACAACAACGACGACGACGGCAGCAACGUCUACUGCUCCUCGGACAUCCAAAGGUCGGCGGUCAGUUGUUCGAAAAGGCGCUCGUCAUUCGCCGUACACGUCCGGCGCCACAAAAAACAGUUCCCUAGAUGGUGCAGGGGAGCUUUCGCGGACUCGAAUGCCUCACUCACGGACGACAAUGACUGAAAUGCGACGUCGGGUUGCGUCAAUACUGGAGUACAUUGGCCAUAUACAAGUGGAAAUGGCCAGUCACUCUACCACCAGCAAAGCACUUCCUAAUGUGUCCAUCGAGGAGCAUUCGGACGACGAGAAAGAGACCCUGCGAAUGAUUGACAACCUUACACGAAAUCUGCUUCACUGGGAACAGCGUUUCGGCCGUGGAUAAGUUUUGCGGGGUAGCCGAAACGUUGUUUUAAUGAUAUUUAAGCGAGUAUGAAUGUAUUUUAUUUUUUGGUCCACCACUAUUGUAGAUCAUUGCCGAUCACCGUCGAUCAUCGCUCUGCCGUCCUUUCUCGUUAACUUUCGUUGGGUCGCUUUAAUUGUGGUUGGCAGUAAACCCUACCCUAACGAAAAACAGUCACACUACGGAUAUGUUCAAGACACAGCACCAGCGAACGUCUUCUCC